CUCCUGGGCAGCAGAGCUUGUGCCCACAUGGCAGCAGCUGCCUGGGCCAGUGGCUUUCCCUAUUCACUGCUGCACACAGCCAAUACAUUUUCCCUGCCCCUGUGCCAUGGCAAUGCCCUGGGCCAGUUCUUCUGUGAAAUCCCACACAUCCUCAAGCUCUCCUGCUCACACUCAAACCUCAGGGAACUGGGACUUCUUGCUGUUGGUGUCUGUUUAAGUUUUGGCUGUUUUGUGUUCAUGGUUUUCUCCUAUGUGCAGAUCUUCAGGGCCGUGCUGAGGAUCCCAUCUGAGCAGGGACAGCACAAAGCCUUUUCCACCUGCCUCCCUCACCUGGCUGUGGUCUCCCUGUUCAUCAGCACAGCCACAUUUGCCUACCUGAAGCCCCCCUCCAUCUCCUCCCCAUCCCUGGAUGUGGCCCUGUCAGUUCUGUACUCAGUGGUGCCUCCAGUCCUGAACCCUCUCAUCUACAGCCUGAGGAACCAGGAGCUCAAGGCUGCAGUGUGGAGACUGAUGACUGGAUGCUUUCAGGAACAUUAAACUGCUGGCUAAU